AAAAUAGGUUAUUCUACGAAUAAAAACAUGGGCGAAAAGAAAUCCACCCUUAAACCCUAGACUCAACCCUCGUUAUCUCUGCCUUCCUUUCCGAAUCUGCAGCUAGUCGAUUUCAGUACAGUGGUCCUGAUACAAUGGGAACGGCGUCUUUUGAUGAAGAAACAGUGAAGAAAGUCAUUCGUCAGGUGGAGUUCUACUUUAGUGAUAGUAAUCUUCCAAGAGACAAUUUUCUCAAGAAAACCAUAAGUGAGAGUGAAGAUGGAUUGGUUAGUUUGGCUUUGAUUUGUUCAUUUUCUCGGAUGAGAAGUCAUCUUAAUUUGGGGGACGUUAAGCCCGAAGAUGUUUCAGAAGACACCUUGAAGGCUGUGGCUGAAAUUCUGAGAAAUUCUACUACCCUUAAGGUUUCUGAAGAUGGGAAAAAGAUUGGCAGGGCUACUGAACUUUUAAAGCCAGAAGAGGUGGUAGAGCAAGUGGACAUAAGGACAAUUGCAGCAUCACCCCUAGAAUAUGAUGCAAAGCUUGAAGAUGUGGAGGCUUACUUUGGUCAAUUUGCCAAGGUUAAUAGUGUUAGGCUGCCCCGUCAUGUUGCAGAGAAAAGGGUAUUUUGUGGUACGGCCCUAAUUGAAUACUCAACUGAGGAAGAUGCUGCGAAGGUUUUGCAGCAAAGCUUGGUUUAUGCUGGUGUUGAAUUGGAACUAAAACCAAAGAAAGAUUUUGAUGCUGAAAGAGCACAACAAACUGAGGAAUUUGAGAAUUCUCGUGCCCUCUUGGGUUCAAAUCGUAAAAACAAUUCAAAUGCUGAAUCAACCUAUCCCAAAGGCUUAAUCGUUUCCUUUACAUUAAAGAGAGCUGGGGGUUCUACAGAACACAAUGGUACUCAUGAGCCAGUGAAUGAUAAUGCAGAUGUUGGCAAAACAAAUACAGAUAUAGAUUCAAAAGAAAAUGUCACUGGAGAAACUGAGGACAAGGCUUCAGAGAAUAUUAAUAAUGAUGAAGAAAACUCUGGGGAGGAUAUUGAGAAGGAAAGUGAAGAAAAAGUUGAGGAGAAAACUAGUUUGGAAAGUGAAGGAAAGGAAACCGAAGAUGGACAGAAAUCUUCUGAAGGUUGUGAUUUGAAAGGUGAAGAAAAAGCAACAGGGGAACAAAAACCCACUGCUGCUACCUAUAAAGACAACAUGGAUGUUGUCAUGCGUGAGGAUUUGAAGAGUGUCUUUCAAAAAUUUGGCACCGUUAAGUUUGUUGAUUUCAAGAUAGGAGAAGAAUCAGGAUACAUUCGAUAUGAUGAACCUGAAGCAGCUCAGAAAGUACGUGCUGCUGCAGUGCUCUCUGAAGAAGGGGGUCUAACAGUAAAGAAUUACAUUGCUAAUUUAGAACCCGUAACAGGUGAGGCCGAAAGGGAGUAUUGGAGCCUGCUCCGUGGUAAUCAAGAAAAACAUAGAGGAUUUAAGGGCAAUCGAGGAAGGGGAGGAAAACAGAAUAGAGGCGGGAAAUUUGGUCGCCCCAGAGAUAACGAUUAUGCAACCGGCCGUCCAAAUAAAACUCAGAAAGUUGGAGCAGCAUAAGAGUGAGUAGCAAAUCAUCAAGAAGCAGUUUUGAGAUCUCCUCUGUUGCAGCUAUAAGUUAGUUGGUGUUUUUCAAACACAAUAAUUAAUAUGUUUGUUUCAAUAUUCUAAAUAUAACUUAUUUAACUUUAUUGCA